GCCGGGGAAGAAGAUGGCGGCGCAGCGGAGGGGCAGGGUGGGUGGUGGUAAGGAGGAGAUGGGGUCAGGGCGCCAGGAGUCGGAGCCCCAGGACACGGAGCUGCUGUUGCACCCGGAGCUACUCUCGGAAGAGUUCCUGCUGCUCACCCUGGAGCAGAAAAAUAUACUGGUUGAAAAUGAUGUAAAGAUGGACAAAGAUGGCCUCACUGAUCUCUAUAUUCAACAUGCCAUUCCCCUGCCUCAGCGUGACUUGCCAAAAAGUAGAUGGGGAAAAAUGAUGGAAAAGAAAAGGCAGCAAAAUGAGUUGAAAAGUGAGAAUAAGAGUGUUACAACGGCAGAAGGUUUAAGGAAGCGUCCAUUAAUUGUGUUCGAUGGCAAUUCAACAAGUACAAGCAUAAAGGUGAAGAAGACAGAGAAUGGAGCUUCAGAUCGCUUAAAGCCACCUCCAGCUGGAAGCACCACCAACACUGUUAGAAGGUUAUCAGCUCCUUCAAAUGCCUCAACAUAUAUUUCUGCCUCCAGUUUAUCAGAGGACACUAAGCUGGGAAUGAGGAAUAAUGAGGCUAAGCAGACCAAUAUUUCAAAGACUAACAGCAGUGCAUUGAAUAGUCUGAAAACAUAUCCUUUGUCUCCAGUAGCAGGAACUACUGUUGUGAAGUUAAAGAGAGCUGUUCCAAAAGAAGAAUCUGAUUUGCCGAAUGAUCUAAAGCCUACAGAAGCAAAGAAGAAAAUCCAGCAUGUUACAUGGCCAUGAAGUAGCUAAUGGUGCUUGAAACAUAAACGUUACUUCCAUAUUUUCAAACAGAUAAGUCAUAUUUAAACAGUAUAAGUACAAUUAUUUUUAAACUUUACAGGGAUACAGAUUGCUGUGAAAUUUUAACAAGUUUAAAAGUUCCCUGUUGUAAAUCUGGAGUCAUUAUCACCAGUCACCUUGAGGGUGUCUACUCUUGUACACCAAGUAGUUCAUUACUUCUUUAAAAAGUGGUAAUAUUACCGUAUAUUAAAAUCCUCACUUUUAGUUUUUGAGAUUACUCUAGUUCAUCUCCUGCAUGUCAUGGUUCACACAUACAUUUUUUGUUUGUUUCAGUAAGACUCAGUUUUGUUCCAUUUCUGGUUAAAUAGUUAAUAUAGUUACUGAGAUUCAGAGUGAUCCCAAGAGCCUUUUUGGCUUCAAAAAGAUAAUUCAUUUAGAUGAAAAAACUGACGAUUCUACUGGUAAAAUAGUCUGAGACAAAGUUUUUUUCCUUUUUGUUGCACAGAACAGACGCAUAGAAUUUAGUGCAAGAUAAGUUGGGAAUAAGAGAUGAACUAUUUUAACACCAUUGCUUCAAAUUGAAGUUUCUCUUAUUAACGUAUGAAGUAAGAAACACACAGAUAGAAUUAUGUUAUUAGACUGCUUGAUAUUAAUCUUUGAGAGGAAGCAGUGAAUGGGAAAGUGCCAUGUUCUCUUAAAUACACAAGCAUAUUUUAUACAUGCAUAAAAAUGUGUUGACCAAGCAAAUUUGAUUGUUUGCCUGGUUACAAUCAUGCUUAUAAAAUAUGGAGAAAACCUUUGGAAUGCAGACCAGUGCUUUCUCAACUUACAGUUGGAGAGGUACAGGGAUAAGAAGACAAAGAGGUACCUUGAGAGCAUUAGUGUGUGAAGUUGCACUCUCUAAGAAAUCCCCAACCUGUUUUUCCAUCCUUUGAUAAUUUAAGGUGGAUGUUGUUUUUUUGUGAAACUUGAUGUUUCAUCUGGAUUAUUGGGAGUGCCUUUUUAGGGCAGAAAUCCAGUUGAGUUGGUGGAAACAUUUUUAUUAAAUCUCAGUGACUCAGAGUGAAGCCAGUUUAGAUCCAUUUUUGAUGUGGAUGGUAAUAACGCUCCCAGACUUAGUAAAGCAAACAAAAGAAUCAGCUUCUGAAUCCACUAAGUUAACCCACUAAGAGCAGCUGUCAGUAGUGAUCUGAAACCUUGUUUACAUUUUUAACAUUGGUUAAUAUGGAAACCAAAAAAAGUUGUAGCAUAGUUCAUUACUGACAAGUUCUUCAUUCACUGUAACAAGAUAAAAGGCACUUCUUGAAUGCUGUAAAAUGGUAAGAAUGUGUUUGGAAAUAUUGUGUGCUGUUUCCCUUUUACUAAACACUUGUGCAGUUUUUGUACUUGAGUACAACAAACUUUAACAUAAAUGUACAUUUUUUAUGUAAAGAGUUGUCUUUUAAGUAGCCUUAUCCUAUUUAAAUAAAUUCAGUUGAAAGCAAA